CCGCUUCCUGUCCCACCGGAGCCGCCUCCCCAUGGCCUCGCUCCGGCUCGCGGCCCUGCUCCUGGCGCCCGUCUCCGCUCUGCUGCUCAGGGACCGAGGAAGAAACCUUUCAGAUCCAAACCCGCCAAUCGCGAACCUGAGGAUGGAACCCGAGAGUAAGAGGCUGACCUGGGACCUCCACGGCAACGUGUCUGCCAUCCAGUGCUUCGAAGACGCCAGUUUCGAUCGGCGGGCCACAAACAACAGUUUUUGCCAGUUAUUUGUGCUCCCCAAAUGCAAGCGAUCGAACUAUACCGUCCGGGUCACCCUGAUGGAUGGCGAGACGUAUUCCACGUGGAUUGAGUAUCCCGUGCAAGAAGGAGACCCCGGGGCAGCGGCGGAAGACCUGGGCUGCGAGGUUCAUGACCAGGAUUUCCUGACCUGCAGCUGGGCCGUGGGCAGGCAUGCCCCCAGCGACGUCCAAUAUUAUUUCUACUUGGAGGACAGCAACACCUCGGCGAUGUGGGCGUGUCCCCGGUACACGGUGAACGCGCAGGGCACACACACCCAGUGCCGCUUCGACAACGUCUCUGCCUUUUCCAAGGAGCAGCACCGGUUCGUGGUGCGGGGCGCCAGCCGCCGGUCCCCCAUCCCCUGCGUCGAGCUGACCCACUUUUUAUCCGAUAUCGAGAAGCUCAGGGCACCCAACAUAAAUGCCACGUGUAAUGAGUCCCUCGCCCUCUUGGAAUGGGACAUGUCCAGCCACUUCCACAAAAUAUUUGACUAUGAGCUUGAAAUACAACAGGGCGCCGACCCCCCAUUCCUGCAGGAGGUCCAAGAGGACCAGUCCUUCCCGCUGGCCAAUCCCAGAUCCUUCACGGUGAGAAUCCGAGCCCUGUACUCGCCCGACCUGGUCGGCCAGUGGAGCGCCCGCCGGCGCUUUGUGUGUGACCAGGAGGCGAACGCGCGUUUCCCAGUCUGGCUGAGCUCCUCCCUGAUGGCGCUGGGCACGCUGAUCACCGUGGGCACCGCAGUCUUCCUUUGCAGAAGGUACUCGGUCCUGAAGACCCUCUUCCCGCCCAUCCCCCACCUGAAGGACCCCCUCGGGGGCACCUGGGAGAACGAGAAGAUGUUUCCCUGGGAGCCCGGCAGACCCCCCCAGGAGGAGUGCCCGGUGGCUGAAGUGCAGGUUCUAAGGGAGCCAUGACUCUGGAUGGAGGGCGAGGCUGGCCUGGUCCCCACAAAACCUGGGGGACCCGGGAGGAGGAGGGGACGUGCGUAUCGGGGUGAGGACACCCAUAUGUGAUGUUCCCGGAGCUGCCACCAGGAAGGAAGCUAAAUAAAGUGUUUUC